CAUCAAAACACAUCAAAAGAGAAAAGGGCCGCCAACCAAAUGGCAAAUUAGAAAAAGAAACAGAGAUGCGGUUUACAAAACACUGCCAUUCUUUGGCCAAUCUUCUUUCGUUUUAUUUUUAUUAAUUUCAUACUGUCUCUGCCGCAGGUGUUCGUGACAUGGAAACUAUAGGAACCUCAUGCACUAUUGUGAAAAAAAUUGUCAUUGCCAAGGAACUUCUGUCCAGUGUAAAUAAUGACCUGACUUGCACACAGCCAGGGUGCAACAAAGUCUUCAAGUCGUCCUCAAAUUUAGAUCUACAUUUGUGGAAGUCUCACAAAAUACAAGAAAAAAUGCCUACGGCUGAGGAAAAAUUUGUCAAAAUCCAGUAUCACUGUCCUGAAGCUGGAUGCAAAUACAAUUUAACACUUGGAAGAUCUUUCCCCAAAGCAAAGCUACUAAAACAACAUUACUUGCAAAAACAUGCUGAGAGGAAUUUUGAAUGUGACAACUGCAAUACAUUUUUUGCAACGCAGGCUUCCAAGAAUUACCACCAGAAGACCUGCGGGUGUCAGUUUUUGUGUUCGUGCGGAAAAGUCUACGACAAUGGUCAAGCAGUAAAAGUUCAUGCAAUGCGGCACAAACACACACUGCCAAAGAAUUACAUAGUAAAAGUUGGCCUGACACAGACGCAACCUAUGGAUGCCCUGCCUGCAAUCCAGCUGAUGGCAGCUGUGGCGUUGAGCGAGUUGUGCAAACCAGUGCAAAAGGAUGCAGAAGUCCAAACAGACCCUGAGGAAAAGCAAAAGAGAAAGCAGAUAUCACCAAGCAAACUUCCUGGACUCAAAAGACGCAAGUCGACCACUAGUCAAGAAACACAAACCCAGUCAACAAGCAGUUCUAUUUUGAAGCGAGCAAUGCUGGAGGCUAAAAUUCCAGUUCGGGCGUCAAAAAGGAAGAGAAACACCGAGACUCAGACCAUCAGGAAAACUCCUAAAAAACCUAGAAAAUCCAUGAAGUCAAACGAAACGCAGACAGCCAAGCCUCCAACUUUGUCCUCCGGAACUCAGUCCAUGAACCAAGAAAGUUCCUACGAGCCUCAGCCCAUGAUGGAGCUAAAGUCCACCUCUCCGCUGUUGGAAGAAAUGAGCAAGGAGGAGUCCGAAGUGAUCAAUGACGUUGCCCUUCCUGAUGGUUGGAUCAACCAGAAGUCAACACAGACAAUGCCAUUUGACUACCCCUCUUUGGACACCCUCCUCAGUGACUACCGGUUCCAGUCCAGUGAAACGCAGACAGACUUGUUUGACGAAAACUUCCUCAAUGAGUGUGAGGCUAGUUUGUCGAUCAAUACUGAAACUCAGACUUGUGAAGAGUUGAACGAGUCUCUGGAGAACAUGCUUUAUUCAAACAUGUGUACCCAAACUUGUGAUGAACUCUUGAGCAGUCUCGACUUUGUUGACAUCGAAACGCAAACUCUCGGCUUGAACUGAGUAGCUUAUAAUAUGAAUUUAUAUAUUAAAUGUGUAGCUCGCUUUUGACCGACGUGUUGUAAGGUUAACAUGGGAGUUUCGGUCAAAAGUGUAUGAGGCAAGUGAUAUAUCUUUAACUGUUGAAAUGAAAAAUAGAUCACAUUGU